ACAUGGGCAUUAGAGCUUGACAAAAGCCAAAUGAGAAUUAUAUUCUCGUCGAGAAGUGAAGCAGCAGGGUGAUGGGGUCGAUAAGGUCGAUAUGGCCAUCAACUUUUUACUGCUUUGUUCUUUUUAUUGUUAUUUGCGAAUGGAUCGUACUAUGUGAAUUAAAUAGGCUACUAGAUGUUAGCCAUUUGUCAGAUAUCUACUUUUUUUUUAUUUUCUAUAAGAAAGGGGAGCAUGUUCCCCAUUUUUCCCACACAAAAUUUUGAGGCAUUUGGAGUUGAGAGCUUGAAGUUGGAAGAGUGGAAUCUUAGAGAGAGGAUUUUUGGAGGAGAUAGAGAGAGGUUGGUUUACCCCUCACUAUCUUUGAAUGUUCUUGAUGAAUUUCUUUUGAGGUCCCAAGCAUGUUAGCUAGAAUUUUUGUCGUAUUUUGCUUUGAGUUUUAGUCGAUUAUUCGUUUGUCGUUUCUUGAUUUUGAUCCAAGCUUGUUGUAAAUACUUGCAUAUUUACUGUUUGUUGGAGCAUGCUAAAUUUUUCUAAGUAUGAGAACUAGUGAGCCCCUUAGGGGCAAUAGGGUGAUAAUCUUCUGCAUGAUAAUUGUAAACUUGGGCCCGUCGGGGCGAUAGGGGCAAUAACUCUUGCUUAUGAAUUUUUAUGACCCGACCCUAUCAGGGUGUUGGGGGCCAUGGCCUUUGUGAUUGAGAAUUUAUGAUUUAAGCCCAACGGGGCAAUUGGGGUAAUAACCCUUUUGCAUAAAUGAUUAAAAUUUGGCCCCAUGGGGGUGAUAGGGGCAAUAGCUCUUGCUUAUAAUAAUCAUGGACUUAGCCCUUUAGGGUCAAUCGAGGCAAUAGUUUUCAUAAAUAAAAACUUAGGAAUUGGGCCCAACAGGGCGAUGGGGGCGAUACCCUUAUGUGUAAUAAAUUAGGCCUUAGCCCCAUGGGGUCACUAGGGGCAAUAUGAUCUACAUGCUUAACAUAUAUAACCUAAAAUAAGGGCGAGGAGAUAAUAUAACCAACACUUUAAAUGUAUGAUAACAACUGAUAAGCCCCGAUGGGGGUAAUUUAGUUGAUGACUUUCAAAUAUGAAAAGUAGAAGCUAGGCCUCAUUUGGGCGACACGGUCAUUAAUAUCACAAUAUUCACGGUAAUGUAAAGGUCAAGCAUGCUCUUAUAAAAUUAAAGACGAUGUUGGGUAAUGGAGUCGUACCUGUUUAUUUGAGUGAAUCACCCUUGUAAAAAUGCAUUCUUAUUAUCCUUUACACUACUUGAUUGGGUUGGGGCGGUCCUCGUGCUCACAUGGCCUUCAUCCUUGCUACUUUAGGGGCUUUGAUUAUUAUGUCACGUGCACGAGAAGGAUCAAUCGGGUCGUCAAGUAGGACUCGACAUUCGGUUGAUGAGGAUGAGGAUAACGUGUUAGACAUUCCUACUGGAGUGGAGAUCGGGGCUUGGCGAGGUGAAUCGGGUGAUUCAUCUCAAGAUAUGGGCUUAGGGAUUAAUAGUGCUGACGGACUUUACGGGGUUAAGGUUAAUGAGACAUUUUUGUUGGGUAAGAACCAUCCCUCAAAAUUCACCAACAUAAACCAAAUGUAUAACCUUCGAAUAUUAUACAACAUACCUAAAUGGGUUAGCCUUCACGCACCUGGUACGGCCCUUAGGGCGGAUCAUAGUGUCGCGGGUUGGGUGUGUAUGUAUGAGAAGACCUUCAAAGAGGGUCUACGACUUCCUCUUCCCCGCUUGGUCCUAGAGUUCUUGCAUUAUUAUCAUAUCUCGCCGGGUCAACUCAUGCCUAAUGUCUGGCGAGUGUUGAUGGGUAUGCAAGCUUUUGGAGAACUGAAGGGCUUCGAGGUCGAUCUUGAAGAUGUGUUGUCUACUUACACGGUUCAGGAAAAUAACACGGAGAGAGGGCGAUACCAGUUAUCCCGGGGAAAAAAGCUUCCCGAAUUGGUUUGUGGUGUUACGGAUUCUGGUUCGGCCUGGAAACAUAAAUAUUUUUUUAUGAACUAUGAUGCCCUUGGCGACCUGACGGGCUAUGAUAUUCCAUCAGCUUGGUGUAAUGCCCGACGUCUCACCGUUCCUUGGCCGGUGAGUAAUAGAAAUUUGGAGAAAAGAAGAGCACGCUUCACCAUAUUUCCUAGCGACAAGAGGCAUUGGAGUGUUAUCUUGGGAGAAGAGAGUUUAAGACAGACUACUUUGUGGAGUUCCGUCCCUCCUGGUCCAGAAGGUAUUAUUUUUCCUUCAACUAGUGCUCACUCCGAGCUUAUCUUGUCUAUUUGGGCCUCGGAGAUUUUAGGGCAUAGCGGCAGUUUUCACCCGGCUCUACACGACUUGACUUUGGAUGAACGGGCUUAUGCAGACUACGUGAUGUCGCACCCUAAGAUGAAUCUUCUUCCAGAAAAGGAUAGCUAUGAAACUUACUUGAAGAUGCGGGAGAAGAAGAAAGCGUCCGGCAGGGGCAAGAAGGGCGGUUCGGGUAGUGAGCCCGUUAGUGAAUCCGACGUCCAAGUAGUUGAACCGUCGGGGCGGUCAAAGAGGAAGAAGAAAGCAGCGCCUUUUGAGGUCCCGGACUACUCCGAUGGCUCUAUCCAUCUCACACUUCCUAGUGGGACUUCAGCCCAGACCGACUAUGAUUCAUGUGCGGAUCAUUUUGAGCGUCUGUUGCUAGAGGAUGACCGCACCAGGAUGUUGAAGGUUGGCGUGGUUGAUUCUGCCAGCACUGCCGCCCGUCUUGCGUUUCAGGGCUAUCAGUAUACUCUGUUCAUGAAGGAGCAACUGGUAGAGGCGGCUGACCAGCUCAAGGUGGCUCUGAGAGAGCAAGACGCCCUUCGGAAGGAACUCGAGGAAGAGAAGGGUCGUUAUGAAACGGCAGAGAAGGAGCUGAGGGACGAGCUAUCCUUGAAGAGUCACCUGAUUUCUGCCCUUCAGUCUCAGAUAGGGCAAUUGGAGGCGACUUUGAAGGUCCGAGAGGAGGAGCUUCAGUUUAGCCAUCUUCAGACGGUCGUUCUUACCCGUGGUGAGAUGAUGAAGGAGUUCAAGGAAGGGAAAGCGGGUUCCUGGAACGUAGAGAAGGGCAUACGUGAGAUGGAGGAUGUGCUACGUGACCGAGCUGAAGGAGUGGGAGUGGUUGAUGCCACUACUGACGGCGAGGGCGACGGGAGCGAAGACUAGACUUAUUUGUAGUUGAAACUUCAUUCAAACAAUUUCUAUUUGGUUAUGUAAUAGUAAUUAGGCUCUUCGAACUUGAUAUUAUCUACUUUUCUCCCCUAGUUUGAGUCUAGUCUCUUUUGGCUGGACUUGGACUUGGUAUUUGUAGGACAUGUCAUUUUUCGGUAUAUCCAGCCCGAUCAGGGGGUUCGCUCUUUGAUGCUUUAUCCGACAUAUGUCUGAAGUUUAUAAAUUGGAAGAUCAUAUUUUCAAUGGUUUGGCGUAAGGUUCACUUGGUAUGCGAUCUAAGAUUUCCUAAGGGUUGAAACCCAUGUGAUGUGUGCUCAAACUCUUUCAUUGGUUAAGUGAGA